UGACGUUUACCUGCAGUUCUGAUUGGUCAGAGGUUCGACCGAUCCAGGAUUAAGAUGACAGAACUGGAAGCACAUCUGCACACAACUGGUUCCGAUCCACAAACUGCUCUGCUUUACAGCAACGUAAAACCAGACGGACCAGUUCAUCAUCGUUUAAACAAUUAUCUUGAUAGGUUAUGAAAUCAUGAAAAUCACAUGAAUUUCUAUCGAAUCUAUUGGAAUCAUUCUUGGAUCUAAUUCUACUCUAUUCGUGUAAAAGCUGGAUUCAGUUCUAGGCUUACAGUCUUUCUGGAAAAACAAAAACUUUGAUCUGACUCCACUUGGGGUGCCUGGAGAGGCGGGGGGGUGGGGGUGGACAAGAUUUUAAAAAAAAUCUGUGGGGUCUGAAAAAACAGGAAUAUGACGAAACUGUCCACGUGACUGAAGGAGCGUCUCGUGCAGCUCACUGCACCACUCAUGUAGUUUUCAAGGGAAAAUGCAAACCAUCACACUUGAGUUGAUUUGGGAAACUUCUCUCAGCAGCAAACGUGUUAUUCACCUUUCUUUAGCUCCUCUUUUGACCAUUGACAUUUGGUUAAACGUUAAACAGAACCUGAAUCAUUUGAAUUUCUGUUUGAAGUCAUUCUCUUUUAUUUAAAUGCAUUUUAACAAGUCAAAACCACUUCUGACUGGAGUUUGUCUGCGGUAAUGGCGUUGUUGGAUUCUGCAGUUUCAUUGGGCUCAGAGUCAUUUUAAUGUGAUUUCUGUUUUUGAACAUUUACUAAAUUACUGAUGCGUUAGAUUAGUCUUUUAUGAAAGAACUAACUAGAAAACAGGGGGGAAAGCUUAAACUUGAAAAAUAAAAACUUAAAAAAAUAUGAAAUAAUAGAUUGAAAUUAAUAAUCAAUCAAACAAUAAACACGUUUCUCUCUGAAGUCAUGCAUGAUUAUGCUCUUUUGUCAGGCGGAGUUUGGUCACGUGACCCUGACAGAUUACCAUGUCAGUAAUCCGAUGAGCCUCUGUGGUUGGACAGACAGGCGCACGGACCAACACUAUGCUGCGUGGCGCCGCGUAAUCUGCGGGAGGUCGCUCACGCAACAUCAAGCAGGAAACACGAAACUGUUUUUUCAGAAUAAAAGAAUCGAGCUCAGAACAUGGUGGUGUGGAGGCAACAGGCUCAGGGGCCUCAACAAGACAGGACCUGACAUGCUUCAUGUUUAGUUCUGGAAUGGGAUUUUUAAUUUUACAUUUAUCAGGAUAGUUUUUGGGGAUUCUACUGGAAUUACUAUCCCAUAUCAGCAGUGGUAUACCUGCAGAUCUGGACAAAUUUAUGUUGAAAAGCAAGCGUGAGCAGUGUGAAAUGAGGGCCACUGAGCACAAGUGCACAGCUCCUGCUUAAUUGUUGUUUGCUGAUACUUAAAAAUAAUACAUGAACAAGGUAAGAAUGGUGGGAACAAAACAAAUCAUCUUAAGCUCUUGGGAAAACGAUCACAUAGGCUGCACGGUAUCAGUUAUCACUCUCUAAUUUUGAUCCCAAACUGGGUCCUCUCUGUGUGGAGUGAGCAUGCUCUCCUUGUAAAUGCCUCGGGGUUCCUCCAGUCCAAAACAUGCUUCAUAGGUUAAUUGGUGAAUCUAAAUUGUCCAUUAGGUGCGGAUUGUGUGGUUGUUUGUGGUGAACUGCACUCUGCUUUCACCCUUCAGAUGGAUAGGCUCCAGCAACCCAUUGAUCCCGAAUGGAAUAAAGCUAAUAAUUAAGUUUAAACAUGGAUGGAGGGAAAAACACAUCACACAGUUGAGGACCGCAAGCAGAGACAUGAAAUGUAUGGAGAUGAUGUUCUAAAUGCUUUGCUCUGUGAAUCUAAAAUUCAUCAAGUUAUAAAAACAAAAUCAAGACUUGCAGCAGUUUAACGAGUUUUUUAUACACUUUUUUGACUUUUCACUAUUUCACUGGUAAUUUAUUUGUUAAUUGUGUAAUUAAAUAGACUAAAAGGAAAACCUUUCUAUCAGUUUUCCUUCAAAAUGUCUUCCUUUUUUGUUUGUUUUGGGAUAUUUUCAGAUUUCAAUUAAUGAAAUUCAAAGUUUUAAAUGUGACUGCUGUCUAAUGAAUGGGGCCGUUUACUUUGAAAGUCCAAACCAGAAGCGCUGGGCUUUUAUGGGUCAGACUUUUUUCAGGGGUUGCUAGGGUACAAACUCCCUAACAACCACAUCCCUGCAGAGGAAAAGUUAAGGUUUUCCGUCUUAAACUAUUGAACUGAGUUAAUAGUUGGAGCAGAUGACGAGGAUGACGAGACUUUGCUGCAAAUCUGAGCCCGAAGCUGCGCCUUAGGAGAAAAUGCCAUCUACCAAGGUUAUCAAGGCGAAGCCAGUGGAGGCAACCAAGAAAAGCAUUGACAAACACAAACCGGGAAGGGCGACAGAAGCCGGCGCCGCAGACAGUAAACCUAAAGCGGCCGCUGUGCGUAAAAACCGCGCGUCGAGCUGCCCGAGGAGCGCGCAGCAGCUGCCGCGCGGCAGGUGCGACAAGGCCGCCGACAGGAGGGAGGAGGUCAGGCCGAGCUGCGAAAGGAGAACUAGGUCCACUGCUCCCAAACCCACAGAGAAUGGGUCCAGAACUAACCCGGACACGCGCAGGGCGACAAGCUCCGUGAGACAAGGCGCUGCCACGAGCGCGUGCCCACGUCAGAAGGAGCAGAAGGGGGUCAGAGAGGCAAAACUACUCAUACAGAGUAACAAAGCCUUCACCGUCAUUCCACCAAACCCAAAGAAGAGAAGGGAAAUCCAGAAAAAGGCGGAGGCAGAGCUUGCUGCUUUGGAGGAGCUUCGUCUCAGCAGAGCAAUGACCUAUGUGUCCAUCGACCCCAGCAGUGUUGGUGGCUGCAUGAGUCUGGAGGAAGUACGGCUGAAGCAGCAGCAGGAAAUGAUGCAAGCCAAGAGGAAACAGAAACAGAUGAAGAAGCAGGUGGUGGAGGAGGCAGCUGUCCUGACGAGCUGACCAUUGCAUCUUCUUUCUUCUCUGGAUCCGCUCAACUUAUCAUUCAGAUCAAACAUUUGUAGGCAACUAUACAGCUACUUAUUGACAAAACAUGUCCUUCUGCACAACUGUAUGAGUCACACACAUGUAUUUUGUUUUGGACAUGUUAAUUAGCUUGCAGUGUUUUUGUAUUUUAUACACAGGUAUCUAUGUUCAUUUGUAUUGAUGACAUUCUGCAACAUAAAACAAUAAAAUAUGUUUUUGACACGGUGCUAAAGCUUUGUUUGGACACAGUUAGACACAGUUUUUCUUGUGUUUAGGUGCUCAGGAAGACAUUAUUAGAUAUAUUCUAUGUUUAGCUGUUGUUGUUGCAUGUGAUUUUUAUUUUAUUUCUAAAAUACUGACUCGUUUCUAAUUGUCAGAAAAAUUGUGAUAUUUAGACAUGCAGUGUCUUUUCAAAAUCCUCUUCAUUUGCAGCUGAUUGACACUGUGCUUCUGCUGUUCUGCCGUCGGCCAGCAGAGGUCGCGCUCUGCGUGAUGAGGGCACGUCAGUGGCAGGGCAGGACUUUACGUUCAGAGAACAUUAAGUUCGCUGACGGAAUAUUUAACAGGAAGUUGACAGCAAUCGUGUCAAAAUCAUUGAAGGAUACAGAUACAGUCAAUAUGGUGACACCCUAAUGAACCAACAGCACGUAUAUCAACCGGAAACGGUUGGUUUCAGUGCGUCACAUCUGUGUUAAUGCGUUUAAGAAACAGAUCGAACGCAAAUAAAACUAAAUGUCACAGGUGCCACUUUGCCAUCGAAGUACAUUUGAAAAGUACGUUAUGGUACUAAAACAACAAACUACGCAUGCGCCAAAUGUCCAGAACAUAUGAUUCGCCAUAUUUGUAGUUUUAUACGUCACAAAUGCUGCGUUCACUGAAUCCCUGUAAAUUAUAGCGUUUUUGUUUCGCAUAAUAAAUAAAAACAAUAAAAACAA